AAUAAAAGCAAGGUGUGUUUUCAAAAAUUAGUGGACCAUUUAAACAGCGCCCUCUAUUGGCGGAUGAUUAACGAGACGACGACUAAUCAAGUUUUGUGGUGGAAAUUGAGAAGAAUGGCUACUCCAACGACGUUUUUGUCGGGAAAGAUGUACCCUUUUCAAGUUGAUCGUGAUGAAACUCCUCAACCAAAACGUGAAGAUAUUAAUAUAGGAAAAUUUGUUGGUAUCUCACCAAGAAAACGUCACAAAAUAGUUUUAGAUUGGAGAAAACCAUAUAAACCCUGCGCACGAAGUGGUCAUGCGGCAGUAGCAGACGACAAUAAUCUCUAUAUCUUUGGAGGCUACAACCCUGAUCUGGAAACGCUGCAGGACUACUUUGGUCGAAAUGAAGAAAUGCUUUUUCCUCUUUUUCAGGAAAUAUGGAGAUACAACUUUGAUACCAACAUGUGGUCCAGGUUACAGACAAGGGGACGCAUGCCGAUGCAGCUGGCAUCCAUGUCAAUGGUACUCUGCAGUAACCACAUCAUGAUAUUCGGCGGCACCGGUUUCCCAUUUGGCCCGACCACCAGCAAUGAUGUCUGGUUCCUGAACUUAAAGACUAAAAAAUGGCGGUCGAUCAUGUCACAAGAAAGCGUCAUGGAACCAGUUCCAGGAUACGGACAGGCCAUGGUUGUGAUAGAUGAACACUUAUACGUCUACGGCGGCACGACGGGAUGGGACUACAAUUCCGAUGUCCACCGCUGUCAUCUAAAAACGGGCGACUGGGACAGACUCUUCAGCUGGGAGGAAUGCCUGACGGAGAAGGUCACAAGUAACAACAUGGGGUCAAUAGGUCAAGUCCCGAUGCCUAGAUACCGACAUGAAAUCCUGACCAAUGGGAAGAGGUUAUAUAUCAUAGGUGGGGGCACUUCAGUACAAGCGUACCCAUUGGAUAAAAUUCAUGUGUUUGACUUGGAGACAAGAGAAUGGCAGCUGAUGGUUUCGAUUGAAGACCCCCAACAUGGCUACCCAGAAAGCAGACGCUGUCACGGCUGUGCUCAGUUAAAUAAUGAGGGCUACAUAACCGGUGGUUACGGAGGCAAGAAAAUCUUUGAUGACAUCUGGAGAAUUAAUCUAGACACGUUACAGUGGACACAACUUGACAUCAGAUUACCAAAACCUGUGUACUUCCAUUCGUCUGCCAUCACACCGUCGGGAUGCCUUUACUACCACGGUGGUGUCGUCAGCCCCACAGGGGACGAGAGAUCCGACUCCCUGAUCAGAAUAUGGCUCAAGAUACCAAGUCUCCUCAAGAUGUGUUGGGAGAAAACUCUGUCUCUCAUCCCAGACCUUCAUUCUUUGCCGCAACGAGAACUCCUUGAGUUGGGUAUACCAGGACACCUUCUCGCAAGAGCGGCUUAGCAACAACAAUCUUGGAUUUAGAAAUCACACAACCAAGCCAAAGCCACAGCAGGAAAACAGAUUUUCAGCAGAUUUUCAAAGUAUAGAUUUCGAUCACUGGAAGGAUUUAUAGGCAAAAUUAAGAAAAUUGCAAUUUGCACAGUAACUGAGUCAUACAUGUUUUACAUGAAGCAAGACAUGCGAGUCCAACAGUAGGCAAUUGAGGGAAAAAUUCGGGAUGAAGAAAUCAUCACUAGGUUUCAAAGAAGGGAAUAUUAAUAAAAAACACAGAAAUAGUUUAAAACUGUUUCAGCACAGACGGCGACUUUAGUCAACUGUGCACUUUGCUCUGCGAGAGUUCCAAUGGCAACUUCAGUCAACAGUGCACUACGCCUGGCCCUGCUUGAGCCCCAAUGGCGACUUAACAAUAGCUUUCUGUAUUGUGAGAAUGUGUGCUUCAGGCUUAAGUGAUCAAAUGACAUGGUCAAAAUACAUCGGUAAUGAGAGUAGAAGAAGGGACAGGGGUUAUGAAUUCAAUUUGCAGAUUAAAAAGAAGGGUGUAGUGAGUAUAGAAAUCACAACAGAUCUGCAACUUUUCAGUACAGCGCCCUCUCUUGAUUAUGACCAUAGAGCUAUAUAAGAACUACAGGGCGCACAGGCCUAGUUAGGCGCUCCAGCAUUCGGCCAUUUUGUAAGUUGAAAAAAACAAAACAUUGCACAGUGUAUCAUACACACACACACACCGAUGUGUAGGCCUACUUCAUUUUCAACGCGCAUACAACGUUCAUCUUACAAAAUGGGGCACAUGUCUCCUUGCGGUCCUGUCAUGUUGGUGCCAUUUGUGCACGCGGCAUCACCAGUGCGCCCUCUAGUUCUUAUAAAACUCUAUGAUUAUUAUUCACUCAUUAAGUGAUACUUGGAGCAAGUUCGAGUGCACAAUGGUUAACUUAAGGUUGACCAUUUUGACUCGAACCCAGGCUGGUC